AUGGCCGACGACAGUCCCAAUGCGGGCUGGACGACCGUCCACCUGAAAUCCCAGGCGCAUCCCGAUCGCCUCCCGCCUGCUCACCGCGAAGUGUACGAAAAGUCCAAGAUCCGGGAGUGGGAGACGUCCAGCGGUCAUUGGUCUGGCAUUGGGAAACAUCCAGACGACUUCACUGAGGCGAAGAAGAUACACUCCAAGAUCAUCGCGCCCAAGGACAACGACCUGGGAAUGGGCACCUUCGGCCGCGUUGAGAGAGUCACGCAUCGCACCGUUCGCCUAGCGCGAAAAUGGAUCAAGCCCCAACGAAACCAGGACUUCCAAACGCUGCGGAGGGAGGCCCUAGCCAUGGAGCGUCUGGAUCAUGACCACAUCGUCAAGCUGAUCGGGACAUAUACCUUUAAACGCCGAGAGCUCUAUCUCCUGAUAUGGCCCGUUGCCGUUUGCAACCUCGACGAACUGCUCACCGACCUUGCUGACUUGAAAAGCGGCCAGGGCGAUCGAGAGGAUAUCUUGAAGAGGUUCGAGGAGCUAGACAUCGCUGACGUGAGUCUCGUCGAGUCUCGCGGUCGCCACGAUGCUGCGGAAGCCAGCAAGUCGAAGUGCCCGCUCAAUUUCCUGCAGCGCAUCAUGGGCUGUGUUGCGCAGGCCGUCACCCACUGCCACGCCUCCAAAGUGCGCCAUCUUGAUCUCAAGCCAAGUAACAUCCUGCUUAACCCCAACAAAGUCUAUCUCGCCGACUUUGGCAUUGCUCGUGAUUUCCACGAUCAGGAAAACACCGCCACCAUGGGCCUGCACGGAACGCCCAAAUGGCGUCCCCCCGAGGCGUAUAUCCCCGAGGAGUAUUCCACCCAGUGUGCCGACAUAUACUCUCUAGGCCUCAUAUACCUGAAUAUUGCCACGCUUGUCUAUCAUGGUGACCUGAAUGACUUCCACUCAGUGGUCGCAGACUUGCUACCCCAUUCACGUGCCGAGAAACUGAAAGCGCACCAGCAAAAUCUGGCGCUCCACGCUCUAGCAACCCAAUGUUUUCACGACGAGAAAAGACCAACUGUCGCGCCGCGCCACAUACUUGGCCUGGCAGGGAACAUGGUCUCGUCUGAUCCACGGGCUAGACCCAGAGCCGAUCAAGUGGACCAGGAACUCGUCGACCUCGGUGGCAUCGAACAAGUCUAUCAUAACAGCUGUUGUCGGAAGAGCGCUCGGCACGUUGGCAAUCGGAUCGACGAAAGACUCGCUGCCGCCGCCGCCGAGAAUGCCCGAUUGAAGCCUGAGAACGAGCGCCUGCAGAAGGAGGUCAAGGCACUCAGAGCCAUGGACGAGACCUACCGAUUGCGCUUAGAAAACCAGGAGAAAAAGCAUGCUAGGGAUACCGAGCUUCUGACGAAGCAGCGCGACGAGGAACGGCAAAAACGAAGGAAACUCGAAGAACGGGUUAACGAGUUGGAGAUGCAGUCGAGAAGGCACAAUCGAACAGGUUUACCCCGACCAGACGCCAACAUCGAUCAUCGCUUCGCUUCCAACACCGCCGCUACGAGCUUGAAUUACGGACUGGGAAUCACCAACAGGCCACGAACCCACCCUUUACCCCAAGCCGCGAUACGACCGCCUCCCUCAACAAACACCUCGUGCUCUGCAGUUCCUCGUCCUACACCUUCAACACGGGUUCCAAGCGGUCCUCACAAGGCAUGGGUCACUCCUAAUGUUGCUGUCAUGUCGGGGGGUUCCAAACCCGAUCCCGUGCCGCAGUCGUCAGAUACUCCAUCGCCAAAUCCGCAGAGAAGUGGCACGUUGUCCUCCCGAGGCUCGAAUUCACGCCUGCCAAUCCUCGCCAAGCUUCCGGCCACACCACGGUCGAGUACACCUAGACUUGCCAGAGAUCCCAGUUUAACGGACAGCACCCAGGCCAGCAUGUCUUCAUCCUUAUUCUCGGCUCGCAGCUUCGAGACUAGCACGGAAACGUUCACUCCACCAGCAGUGAGCCCGGCCAUGAAGCAAGCAGACUUUCACGACGUAGUGCGGGAGACUGCCGAUACGAAGCCGUCCUUCGAGCCCUCGAGCCCUACUCAAUCUGUUCCGCCGUCCAUGUCGUCUGCACUGUCUUCGCCCCGCACAACCAAGGUGGAACUCGCAUCGGUGGCUGGAAGUGAGAUCUCGCGAGAUGGUCUGGGCCAGGCCAAGAUCCCUUCGUUCCAGCCAACAAAGAGCUGGGCAGCCGUAGCGGGCGAAUCCCACGCACUGGCAAAGAUGGUCGGUCCGCCACUUCCGCCAAUCAAUGCGACCCCUGCCAGUCCAAGUAGGAGCAGAGAGCGGGUUAGAUGA